UUCUAUAGUUGGCAUUUGGCAGUAUUUGUAAAUACGUUAAAAAGAGGCAAAAUCUGUCAAAUAUGUGUGACAAAGUAUUUUGCUGCGUGCAACAACACCAAAAUUUGAACUGCUUCAGCAUUACAUGCACACACGCACAUACCCAUUUUAAAAGUACCGGUGAAAAGAUCGAGUAGCCGAAAGCUGUACGCAAAAACGCAGAAUGACUUUUAUCGACAUCACAGACAAACUGGAAAAAUUGAAAGAAGAAACCGUUCGAUUGCAAACAGAGCAGCUCGAAGAACUAAACAUGGCUCUUGAAGCACUUCUUCAGCGAAUGGCUGCCCUGAAUGAUGAAAUCAAAGAAUCUUUCCAUGCAACUUGCCGAAAAGUAACCGAACUUCAAGAAUUAUUACGAAUGGAAACAGAACUGAAUCGCCGCAAUACACAAAUGUCAUUAUUUUUGCUUUUCAUUCUUGCAGUGAAUAUAUUCGUUUGUUUCUGGAAUUUUUUCAAUAGUUCGAUAUAUAAGUAAGAUGAAUUGCAUUUUGUAGGUUCAUCCAAACAUCUCACCCAUUUUUAUCAUCAAAAUCAAAUUUUCGCACCCAAAAUUCCAUUAAAAGUUCUCCACUAGCACCAAUCAAACAAAAAGUAAAAAAAUAAUUAUAAAUGU